AUGAUUCCGCUCGCUGGCCCUUCGCGGCAGCAUGCCCCCAACAAAAACAAGAAUAAGCAGAAACAGAAGCAGAAGCCGGUUGUGCGCACAUCGAAGCUGAAGAAAGUAGCGGAGAAGCAAAAGAUCGAGGCGCUGGAGCGAGAUGCCAUGUCCUAUGAGCCACCUGUAGACCUCGAAAAAUUCGCUGAUCUCCCUCUCUCCGAGCCCACCAAGCGCGGCCUCAAAAAAGCAGCGUUCGUCACACUCACCCCAAUUCAAAAAGCCAGUAUACCCAUCUCGCUGCAGUGCAAGGAUGUGCUGGGAGCAGCGCGCACGGGGAGCGGCAAAACACUCGCGUUCCUUGUUCCCGUCCUCGACAUUCUCUACAGGCGGAGGUGGAGCGCUGCAGACGGACUAGGCGCGUUAAUCGUAUCACCUACACGAGAGCUCGCCGUGCAAAUUUUCGACGUCCUGCGCUCCAUUGGGGGCUUUCACUCUUUUUCAGCAGGCCUCGUUAUCGGCGGCAAAUCCGUCAAAGACGAAUCGGAUCGUUUAUCACGCAUGAACAUCCUCGUCGCUACACCCGGCCGGUUGCUGCAGCACAUGGACCAGACCGUUGGCUUUGACGCAGGGAAUUUGCAGAUCCUUGUACUCGACGAGGCGGACCGUAUACUCGACAUGGGAUUCCAGCGCACGCUGACGGCGCUCUUGGGUCAUCUACCCGCCUCGCGCCAGACGCUGCUGUUCUCCGCUACGCAGACAGAUAAAGUCUCCGAUCUCGCUCGGCUCUCUCUCAAAGCGCCUGUAACCGUCGGCGACCCCUCCUCCUCCUCCCAAUCAGAACCCACCCCCAGCACAACCCCCUCCCUCCCGCCAACCCUAACACACACCUACAUCCUCACCCCGCUCCCGUCCAAACUCUCCCUCCUCUGGUCGUUCCUGAAAACGCACCUGCACGCCAAAACCAUCGUGUUCUUCUCGAGCUGCAAGCAGGUGGCCUUUGCGCAUGCUGCGUUCUGCCGCAUGCACCCUGGUGUGCCGUUGCUUGCGUUGCAUGGGAGGAUGAAGAUGGGGGUGCGGAUGGAGGUGUUUGGGAGGUUUGUUGGGAUGGGUGGGGGGAAAGGAGAAGAAGGGCAGGGACAUGGUGUUGUGCUUUUUGCGACUGAUAUUGCAGCGCGUGGGCUUGACUUUCCGUCUGUCGACUGGGUUAUCCAGCUUGAUGCACCUGAAGACGCAGAGACGUACAUCCACCGCGUUGGGCGGACCGCGCGGCUCGGUGCGCCUGGUCGUGCUUUGCUCUUCCUCUUACCAUCUGAAGAGGAAGGGAUGUUGCGGGCGUUGGAAGAGAGGGGUGUGAGCGGGUUGGUCAAGGGCAAGGUGGGGAAGAAGAGUUUGGAAGUGGAUUUGAGGGUACAGUUGCAAGGGAUUAUGUGGAAGGAUGUGGAGAUCAAGUAUUUGGGGCAAAAGGCGUUUAUAUCGUACCUUCGCUCUGUACAUCUCCAAAAGGAUAAAUCGAUAUUCAGCCUCGACAAGUUGCCUGUGAAGGAGUAUGCGGAGAGUCUGGGGUUGCCGGGUGUACCGAAGAUCAAGUUUGGGAAGGGGAAGAAGGAGGGGGGGAAUCGGGGGGCGGGAGAUGUGCCGAAAAAAGAGGUGAAGAAGGUUGAGAGUGCGGCAAGUGCGAGUGAGAGUGAAGAGGAGUCCGAGGGUGGGAAUGGAGAAGAAAGUAGCGAGGAAAGCGGCGAAGAGGAAGACGAAAAACCGAACGCGAACGCGACACAUACGCGCGCUGCACCGGAGAAAGUACGCACGAAAUACGACAGGAUGUUCGAGCGCAAGAAUCAGAGUGUGCUGUCUGCGCAUUAUGCACGGCUUGUUGCUCAUGGUGAAGACGAGGGCGAGGGCGAGGGCGAGGCGGGUGAAAAAGCUCCCGAUGACGAUGACGAUGACUUUAUCGUUCUGAAGAGGGCGGAUCAUGAUUUAUCAGAUGAGGAUAAACCGCUCGACGAUCCGUCCUCGUUGUCGAAGCGGAAGCAGAAGAUGUUGCGUUCGAAAGCGGCGCUUUCGAAGGCUUUGCUCUCGUCCACGUUACCCUCCACCUCCUCAACAAACCCCAGCACUCUUACAGCCCCGCAUGCCCUCAACACAAAACUCAUAUUCGACGCCUCGGGUACCCCACACCAGCUCUACGAGCUCGCGUCCGCUGACCAGUUUUAUGAGCAGCAAGGGGGUGUGGAUGGUGUGAGGACGUUUGGGGAGGAGUGGGCGAAUGGGAUUCCUGCUGGACCCAGUGCGAGAGCUGCCCUCCCCUCCGACUCCGGCUCUGGUUCCGACUACGACUCUGAAGGCGCUGAUGGAUAUGUUUCGCCGGACUUUGACCUCCCACCACUUGACUCGGAUGAAGAAGCUGAAUUUGACAAGAUGGAUAUGUACGUCCCGCCUUCUUCUUCGACGAAGUCGACGAAGGGGGGUAGUAAGAAGCGGCCGAGGGGUGUUGAUGAGGAUGAGGAUGAGGGCGGUGGUGGGAAGAAGAUUGGGAAUACGAAUGCGAAUAAGAAGCGGAAACAGGAGAAGGAGACGGAGUUGGAGGAUGAGGAGGCGCUUGCGCUUAAGCUUCUUGGGAGGGCGUGA